CCUUGGCGUUGGCGUUCGCCCAACCCAACACAAAAUUUAGCCAUAUCCCCCCUCGCUGGAUUCUCCGCUUCUUUCUCUCCCCUUAAACUCUCCUCUCCUCGGUUCGUUCGGUUCGGUUCGGCUACUUCCCUUCAUCGCAACCAAUUUCUAUCGGUGGUUUUUCAAUAUUUUUUCCCCUUUCCGAUUCGUUAGCAAUCCCCAUUCAUGGUGGCGAUGUGAACGGCGAUCAGGGUCUCAAUAUCUCUGGAUCAAGUUUUGGGUUUGCAAGAAACGGAUGAGGUUUCUUGUUUUUGUUUCUUUGUUUUGGGUUUGUAUAUUGUCUCGAUUAACCGGUAAGGAUUACGAUACGGGAUUCUUUCUAACCCCUAAGUUGGGUAGUUUUGCUUUUGUUUUUCUUUUCGUCGUAGUGGGACUUCUUGGGUUCUUUUUCCCUAUAUAAAGGAGUCAUUGGUUGAUUCGGUAGCUGUUUAGCUGAGAAAAACAAAACAAAAAGAUUGGUUUUUUUUCCCUCGUUCCUUACAAGAAAAUCUCCGUGAAGUUUUUGGUGCUUUAUUUUAGCCUGUCAUUGAAAAUUGAGAGUUUUCUUGAUUGGAUUUUUGCAGCAACAAAGUAGAACUUCUGUUCUUUUUCCUUUUUCCUUUUUGUUUGGAAAGAGCUGUAAAAAGCACAAAAAAAGGGAAAAAAAAAAAACGAAAGUUUUAUAUUGUUCUAGUUAGCAGUUUGCCUGUUUUCCCCGCUGGAUUUCUUAGGAGGAAAAAGAAGCAAUUAAGAUAUACUGAUCUAGCGUUUGCUAUAGAGAAAUUGAGAUGGCGUUGAACUAUUCACAUAUGCCAAUGUUUCAGCCGUAUAUCUCUGAAGAUAAUUUGGUAUCACCUAUGAGAAUUGUGAAUGGGUACCUUUUCGAGGGUGUUCCAGAUAUGAAUGGGGAAGGUUGCUUAAGGCCAUGGUACUUGGGCCAAGGAGAUACCGAGGAGCAUGAUCUCUUUUGUAGGAGGGAUAAAGCUGACUUUUGCAGCUUGCAGGAUUCAACUUCUGUGGACAUUGUUGACCGUUUACCCUCUGAUCCAUUUGGUAUGGAUAUGCAAUCUACUUUCACUGCCAUAACUGGAUGGCUAGAAGACUUGGAGGUUGAUUAUGAAGAAUGUAUGAUGGCUGACAAUGGGACAACUGGUCAGGGAGGGAAUGUUUUGUUUGAUGGAUGGCAUCUGCUUUGGGUUGAUCCUGUAUUGUUUCAACCAUUUCGUAGCACUAUUCCAGUGACCGAGCAAGGGAAUAGAGAUUUCCAUUUCGCUGACAUCCAGGCAUGUGAUCAAUUGCACACAUGCAACAAUUACAUGUCGAGCAGUGUUGAGCUGAGUGAGAAGCAAAACACAACCAGUAGAGUAGAGGAGGUUGGUAUGGGGUUCGUUUUUGCUCCACACGACAUCAGAUUUGAGCAAGCAUCCAAUGUGGGGGAUGUUGUUGACUUCAGCAUUGGCACUGCUAGCUGCAGUUCUGAAAUGGUAGCCGAAGAAAAAAUAGGUAGUGCUGCCAGUGUUGAAGAGACACUUCACGAAGGCUUUUUCCUCGCUCUUAGCUAUUUGGGCGUUAAGGACCUGCUAUCUGUUGGGAUGGCUUGCAAGUCCCUAUUUUCCACUGUCCGUGGUGAUCCCUUGUUGUGGAGAACCAUCCAUAUUGAUCUGCCUCUUAAUGAAAGGAUCACAGAUGAUGUUCUUGUGCAAUUGGCUAGCAGGGCUCAAGGGAACCUACAAUGCCUGAGCUUAGUAGAGUGCCUCAAGAUAACUGAAGACGUUCUAAGGCACAUACUCGAAAUUAAUGAGGGAUUAACUAAGCUGCGCCUUUUCGGAUGUACGAGGAUAAGUAUCGAUUGGAUAGUAAAAAAUAUCAGGGCAUUCAACUCUAGUAAAAGUAAUGGAGGUAUAAAGCACCUUAGAAUUGGUGGGAUAUUUGGAGUUGAUCAUGAGCAUUUCCAAGAGUUAGAAUUCCUACUUGGUGCCAAUAAAAAGAAACUUGAAAGUGAUCACAAAAAGUCGCAUUUCUUUCGUCGAGACAAUUUAUAUCUUCCAUAUGAUGACGAACGAGUAUUGGACUUGGAAAUUUGUCCUCUGUGCAAGAAGGUCAGACUGGUUUAUGAUUGUCCAGUCGAGGGUUGUUCCAAGAUUCUAGAUGAGUCACUUGUUGUCUGUCGAGCUUGUAGUCUCUGCAUUGCAAGGUGCACUGAAUGUGGCAGGUGCAUUGAUGACGUCGAGUUUGAAGAAAAUUUUUGUCUGGAAUUGUUGUGUUCAGAUUGUUAUAAGUAUUCUCAAAAGCAAUGAGCUGGAUAAUAGAGGGUUGACCCACCCACCAUUGUGAACCAUAUAUGUUGUAUGAGUUAUAAUUUUCUGUAGGUCUUAAAAAAAAAAUAAAAAAAAGGAAAAGUCCGUAACAGAAAAUUUAAAAAUCAACUAGUUGGAAUGGGAAUAUGUUUGUUUAUCGGGGAACAGUGUUGUGUAAUAGAUGAAAUAUUGUUUGGUCAUUUUUUUUUUUUCGAAAAUUCAUUGAUGUGGAUGAACUCCAUGCGAUUUUUGA